GGUCUACUUGUCUGGGAGAACACACCCCUCACAUUCUUUAUGUGGUGACACAUUUGAAUUUCAGAUCACAGAGACAGACCAGUACCGCAGCUGUGAAGAGAAGAGUGACCAUGGCUGAUUACAAGCUGAAGGUGACGACAGGUGAUAUGCAGCAUGCUGGGACACUGGACCACAUAUACAUCAUCUUAUUUGGAACAGAAGGGCAGAGUGAACGCACUAAGCUGGACAACCCUGGCAUCGACUUUAAAACUGGGACGACAAGGACCUACACCAUAAAAAGCAGCUUGUCUCUGGGGAAACUUCUGCUGGUCAAAGUGGAAAAAGAUCCAUUUUUAGUUGUCCCAGAAGAUGAGUGGUACUGCACCAAAAUAGAGGUAACAACUCCAGAGGGAGAGGACGUCGUUUUCCCCUGUUACAGAUGGAUCUCCAGGGGAGAGAUGGUGGAGCUCAGAGGAGGCAAAGCUAUGAAGGUUUUUGAAGAAGAACACGUCCUGAUGAUUGAACACCGGAAAAAAGAGCUAAACCUUAGAAAGAGCUUGUACCAAUGGGCGAUCACUGAUGACAAGCUGCCACAAAACAGUCACUUCCAAGAUAUAUCUGAGCUCCCAGCUGAACUACGUUUCUCUGCUUCCAGAUCACAUGAAAUACAUCGUAUUAAAAGAAAAACUGGUGCUGAACUGAUGUUCAAAGGUCUGGCUGGAUCUAAUAAAGAGUGGAAAGACAUCACGGACAUGAAGAAAAUUUUUGGGUCCAAAAAGACCACAAUGUCAGAGUAUGUUUCAGAGCACUGGAAGGAGGAUGAGUUUUUUGGGUUCCAGUUUCUGAAUGCAACAAACCCCAAUGUGAUCAAGCGCUGCUCAGAACUUCCCCCAAACUUCCCGAUCACAGAAGAGAUGGUGAAGCCUUUCUUGAAAAACGGGAGCUCUCUGAAGAUGGAAAUGGAGGUGGGAAUGAACAGUGAUUCAGGAUGGCAGAAAGGCCAUAUAUUCUUGUGUGACCAGAAGAUAAUGGAUGGAAUACCAACAAGGGUGAAAGAUGGAAAUCCUCUACAUAUGACUGCUGGUUUAUGCUUGUUCUACGUUAACCCUGAGAAGAAACUGAUCCCUCUAGCCAUACAGUUGCAGCAAAACCCAUCUGAGCAGAACCCCAUCUUUCUGCCCAGUGACACAGAGACAGACUGGCUGUUGGCUAAGCUGUUUUUUAAAAGUGCAGAUCUGUUGGAAUGUCAGGCAGUCCAUCACUUGAUGAACACUCACCAUCUGGCUGAGGUCUUUGCUGUUGCUGCUCUUCGCUGUUUCCCUGUGAUUCAUCCCCUCUACAAGUUGCUGAUACCACACUUCCGUUACACCCUGCACAUAAACAUAAUGGCCCGCAAAAAUCUUCUUGGAUCAGAUAUGACUUUGAGUGAGGGUUCGUUUGAGGAAGAGGGGCUGACAGAGCUCAUGAGAAGGGCUCUGUCUGAACUGACCUACAGCUCCCUCUGUCUGCCAGAAAAUAUCACUGCAAGAGGACUGGAGACAAUUCCCAACUUCUACUAUAGAGAUGAUGGUCUGAAGCUGUGGAACUUCAUCAACAGCUUUGUGAGGAGUAUGGUGGAGCUCUACUAUCCCUCAGACAGCGACGUGUGUAAAGACACCGAGCUACAGGAAUGGAUUGAUGAGAUAUUCACACACGGCUUCCUGAGGAACAAACUUUCAGGGUUUCCAGCAUGCUUCAAUACUGUGCAGGAAGUUGUCAAAUUCAUCACCAUGGUGAUCUUCACAGUGUCUGUACAACAUGCUGCUGUCAGUAACGGACAGUUUGACUACCACUCUUGGAUGCCUAAUGGCUCUAUCAUGAUGCGCAAACCACCUCCAGCCACUAAAGGACAGUCAAGCAUGAAAACACUUCUGGAGGUCCUCCCAAAUGUUGGAGACACAGUCAAGUUUGCAACGAUGACUUGGAUGCUGUCAACAAAGUACACUGACAUGGUUCCCCUGGGGACAUACCCUGAAGAACUAUUUGAUGAGCCUGUCCCCAAGCAGAUGAUUAAGGAAUUUAAAGCUGAGUUGUUCUACUUGAGUGAAGAAAUUGCAGCAAGAAACUCUAAACUUGAAGUACCCUACCCAUAUCUGGACCCUGCUCAAAUAGAGAACAGUGUAACUAUUUAGGAAGGACAGAGAAACCUGGCAGGUGCAUGUAUGGCAUGUUCUGCCAGGACUGUUGGAUGUCAUGGUGAUGCUGGGCUGCGGUGUGGUAACACUGUGGAUCUUCUGUAUCUGCUUCUGCUUGCAUUAUUGCAGUGUAUCAGAAAUGCAUAAAAUCUAUAAACAGGCUGUGCAUGCAUUUUAUAUUUGGAUGGGAACUUUCUGUCUAAGGUAAAACCAAAUAGAAAGAGUCUUAAACUGGCAUCUUACUGACAGUCAUUCAACUCUGUAACCAGUCUUACUUCUCCCACCCUAAAUAUUUAGUCAAUUCUUUUCUCCUCACAAGUCAUUUUGCUGCCACUUUUUACAGUCAGUGUGCUGAUGGGUCCUCUGAGAAGAAUUCCAUAACCGAAUAUCAGUUUUCCUUUUCCAUUCCCCUCUUUUUGCCUGGACUUUUUAUUUAAACUCUAUGAAUCAUUGCAAUUAAAAAAAAUCUAGUAAGUGCUCCCACCAUCUGCCUUUUCUUUCAUGUGAAGAAAGUUUUCAGUUGCCAGGAUUUGAAACCACCAUAUAACUUUAUCAUCACACCUCACUGUUAACAGUGACUUAACAUGCAGAAACCAUUCUUCAUUUAGAGGAAUGUAAUUGAAAAUAUGCACUCAGUCCCUUUUAUUAAUGUGUUAACUGCUCAGUCAUUUCAAUCUACUGAAUGAAAACAAAUUCAGGACUUCUGUUCCAUAAGUUUCCACUGACUUGACUUUAUUUGAAACAGCCUCACUGUAUCUCAGUUCAAGGGAUUUAUUUGAAAAGAACUUGAUGAGGAAGUUCAUUAAUCUGAAUCAGGUGUGUUUUAGUAGAAACGUGUCUAAGACAUGCAGGGCAGCUGGACUUGAGGCCAUGGAUUGAGAAACAUUGCUUUAGCCACAAUGGUUCUGCAUGUUUUAUAGCUUUUUUUUUUUUUUUUUUGAAAAUGAAAACUGUUCUGAUCAGUGUAAUUAGCAGACUUGUGCAGAGCUUGUCUGAAUCAGGUGUGUUGCAGCGGGGAAACUUCUAAAACCUCUUAGGUUCUUCCCUGUUGGUGUUUUUAUGCUGACAACUUUGGCACUUUUGUUACUUGGUAUUGUAUUCUUUUUUUUUUAUCUUUUUCUUUUUCUAAAUCAGUGUCUUUUUGACAGGUUUCUAGUAACAAACUGCCUAAUUAGCUUAGUUGCUAAGGUGUCUCUUGUGUAGACAAACUUUUUCAUUCUUGGAUGAUUCAUAGAUCAGUUUUAAAUGGUUUAAUAAUCAUGAUCUUAAAAAAUGGUUCAGUAUGCACAGGACAGACGGUGAAUGUAAAAAUUUAAAUAAAAUCGAUUAUUUAAAAGACCAUCAAAAUACUGGAAAACUAUUGCUUAAGAUCACUUUAAGAUAUCACAAAAA